CCGGCUCCUCCCCUUCAGUCUUGCACAGGUGUACCGGCUCCUCCCCUCCAGUCUUGCACAGGUGUACCGGCUCCUCCCCUUCAGUCUUGCACAGGUGUACCGGCCCCUCCCCUUCAGUCUUUGCACAGGUGUACCGGCUCCUCCCCUUCAGUCUUGUACAGGUGUACCGGCCCCUCCCCUUCAGUCUUGCACAGGUGUACCGACUCCUCCCCUUCAGUUUUGCACAGGUGUACCGACUCCUCCCCUUCAGUCUGGCUCAGGUGUACCGGCUCCUCCCCUCCAGUAUUGCACAGGUGU